CUUCCCUACCAAAAUUUCUUGCUCUUUUUUCUGACGUGGAUCUCUCUCAUACUCUCCCUUACCCAAUCCUUCUCUUCCACCUCACUCUCUCCUUUGAUUUUAUCUUUUUGCUUCGCCCUUAAAAAUCUCCUCUCCCUCUUUCCUUUUCCCUCUCCUCUCUCGCCAUCGCAAUUCUUUCCACCAAACCCUAACACACAAUAUCCUUCUUCUUCUUCUUCUCUCUCUUUUAUUUCUUUUUAUCCGAAUAUUCCCCAUCUCAAUUCCGAUUCUUGAUUUUUGUUUCUCUCCUUUAAAUCUCUGCUUGUUUCUUUCUUGCUGUUCUACCUAAACCACUGAGGUUGAGAUAGAUGGAGAUUCCCGUCAUUAACAGGUUUAGUGGCUUGGAAUCCGGGAUGAGUUCCUUGCCAAAUCCCACUCUUUUACCCCAAAUUUUGACAUCCCCAUCUGGAUUUCAAACGCUUUCUCGUUCUUUAGAUCUCUGGAAAUGGAGCGCUGUGAUUAUCGCCGUUGUUGCUACAUUCAGCGGCGUAAUCAACCGGAUUAAGCUAUUGUUUGUAAUAUUCCGACGACAGAAACGUAUUCUGCAGGAAAUUGUUUAUGAUUCUGACUCCGAUACUGAGUACUCUGUCGACGAUUCUGCUAGUUCUGUUUCAUCGGUUUGGUCGGAGUUUGAAGAAGACGAUGUUGAUGAGCCUGCAUCCUCGUCUUCCUUUAGCUGGGACUUGACUGACCAGGAUUUUCACGUUAGAGGCUCCGAUUACUAUUUGAACGAUGACAAAACGAAACAAACUCUGAGACUUCGGCACAGACGGAGCUUCCACAACCAAGACGGAGAAGGCGAACAGUUCUCAUGGGCCGAUUUCACCGGAGGUAAAAGCGUGGUGAAGUUAUGGGACAAUCUCAGAUUCGAAUUCGAUCACUGUGACUCCGACACGAAUGAAAUCCGCGUCCACGAUGUAAUCAAAGAGCAAACAAUCGGGUCCAUUUUAGCCGGAAAAUCGCAAAUAGCACCGUCGUUGACGUCGACGUUACUGUUAUCAACAACAACGAACGUUUCGAGUAAGACAUCGGUGAAUAUCUGGGACACGCGCAUGGGUUGUCAAAUCCCAGCAUUAAUAGCCGAGUGGAAGCCGGUUGCCGGAAAGGUUUUGGGAGUAAAAUUUUCCGGUGAGCAAAAGGUGUACCUUAGAAACGAAUCCGGGGAAAAAAUAACGGUGGGUGACGUGAGAAACAUGAAGUCGCCUCUAGAGAAUUUAACGGCGGCGGAUAUGGAGACUUGGUUCGACGCAGACGCGGUUAUGGUUUCGGCGGAAUAGUAUGAGAGGAAGAAAAGAAAAAUCCGAGUCAGGGGUGAGUUGGAAGAGACUCGGGCGGUGACUCGGGUUGGUUAGAAAAUAGCUGUUUUCGAUUCUCCCUUAAUCAUUAAUGGGUGAAUCAGCCACAGCCUUUUUUUAAAAAAGAAAAAAAAAAGAAAAAAUAGGACAAAGAAACAGAUUGUAAAUAAU